AUGGACGAUGAUGAUUACUUCUCCGACGACUUCGAUUCCCUACCGCCGGGUACGCUGUACGAGCUAGAGCAGAAUGCCUAUCAGGCGACUCAAGCUCCAGCUACUCAGGUAUCGGUGACCCAGGACCAUGUUCAGCCAGUCGAGCAUGCCCAUCUCAAUGCCAGGGUCGCUACGCCUGCGCGGCAAUCGACGACCUUAAAGCCACCACCUCGACUACACACCGGGUUAACGAACGAAUACCAUACACUUGAAGUGGGCGAAUUGGGGGCGGAGGUGCAUAAUGAUUUCGAGGACCAACCGGCCCUUCACCAGGACACCCAUGUCUUGGCUGCGCAAAAUGAAUGGCCCGGGCCUACCAAUGGUACGAUGGGCGACGACGCGAUGGAAUUAGAUGACUAUGGCCAGACGAAUGUGUAUCCAGCAAAUGCACAUCUGGAGCAGCUAGAACAAGAAAAGGAAUUGAUCCGACGCGAACUAGGCGAAGCUCAGGCGCUGGCCGAGACAAAGGCUGGGGAGAUCGCCAUCAUCCGUUCAAAACAGGUCAGCAUGGUCCGGGAUUACGAUCGCCAAUUGUCAGCUCUACGGAAAGCCAUGGCAGACGAGGUGGCCAAACACAAGGUCGAGGUCGAGGCGGCUCUUUCGGAAGGGAGGAAACUGGCGACAGAGAAUACUUUCCUACAGCAUGAUCUUGCUGAGGAGACAUAUCACCUCCGAAACUUCAAGGUCAAGCAGCAACGGCUUGACGAUAACGCCCAACCAGUCACUCCCAGGAAAUCCCGAGUGCUUCCUUUUCGGGACGGAUUUGACGACGAUGAGAUCGCGGUAGUCUCUCCUAGCAAGUCGGCGGCACGAUCGAAACGAGGAACUCCGACUCAUCCCGGAAAACGUAAACGACGGGCAAGCCAAGAUAGUCCUGUUCCUUUGCAGUUGAGUCCCGCUGUGGAAAUGAUGAUGGUUGAUGCUCCGUCUGAGGAAAUCCCCGACGCUGAUUCGGAAGACGAGCAAAAGUCUUCCCGUCGAGAUCCCCGCGAGGAAAAACAUUUGAAGAGAUUGCUGAAUCACCGCCUGACUGAGAGUCAAGAAACCGAUAUUGAAGCGAUGGCGCACUUUUAUUUCCCAUCGGAACCCAAAGGACCUAUAUCGAGAAUUCUGCUAGACGAUCUUGCCAACUUGAACACGGGCAGCUUUGUUGUGGACUACAUACAUGCGAUCGGCCCGGUAUGGCAACGUGCAAUGAAAGAGAAAUUAUAUGACCCUAUUCCUCGAUUCAUGGCCAUUGCCCGAUACGUGUUGACAUUGGACGAUGUUCGGCUCGAAGAUCUUAUACCACCUUUGGUCAAUGUCCUCCAAUAUGCCGUGGAAGUCAACGCCGCCAAGCGAUUCGAAUUCUCCCCUGCGCGUGCUCUUCGCCAGUCCCCUCAAACACCACAAUCGGAUCUACAGCCGUUAGUCGAUUCAACCGAGUGUUUACGGCUCCUCUUUCAAGUUGCUUGUGAAUUAUUACAUGUCAAACGUGCUAUGAAUACAUUCUGGGGCCAUAUCCGCCACGACUUCAUCCUGGUCAUGCUUCACGGAUCUCAACCUCUCAAAGACAUAUCACUUACCAUGCACCUGCUGUCCACGAGUAUUCGCCCCGACUCUUUCGGGCCCAUCAUGCCCUCGGAAGGAGAACAAGCCGCUGUGCAGAGAUAUAUUGUCGACCGACUCACUCAUAUGCUUCACGAGUCUGCCCAGCCAGACGAAGGCCUCGAAUCUUAUUCUGUAUAUGAUAUCUGCGCAAUGCGACUAGAAGUCCUGCUCUGUUUAGAAGCACUCGCUUUUAACCCAGCUGCUCCAUCACGAGACCACGGCAGUGCUAUCUUGGCAGUCCAUCAAAAUGCGCUGGCGCGCCUCUUCAGAUCAAUGCACGACGAACUGGACGCGCUUUACUCGUCGCCGCCAGAACAGGAGCUACGCGCCGCACUGGUCAACGGGCUAAUGCGACUCAUUUUCGGCGUCAUGCGUCGCCAUGGCGCGUCGAUAAAUAUGCAGGACAAGCUCUCAUGCGUGGCUGGUAGUAAGCAAAAACAUCUCGUUGUGCUCACCAGGCUUGCCUUCUGUGAUGGUGUCAUUUUGGAGGCGGGUAUUGAGGACGAGACGGUCGACAUGGCGCACGAACUACUAGAAGAAUGGACCAAUCCGCAAGAAGCGGAGUCACUUGCCGCAGCCUUUCCCAGCUCCCGGCGAGAGUGA